AUGUUCGCGAAUAGACGUUCUUCACAAAAGCCAGACGAGGGGCUGUACGCGGCGUUCAGACAGACUUUCCCUGAAGUCGGACCAGGCACCUCUUCAGCCGGUACAGGCCCUGGUGUGCCGGUCACUUCCCAACUCGGAACCUCGUCUAUCGAUGAUUCCAACAUCGUGGAUCCUCCUGAUAUUCAUAGGUAUGUCCAACCUCUAACUUCCAGCUCUUCGCUUCCUGCCUUUCCAUCUCAUGGUCAACACAUUGCAGUCAUGGCAUCCAGUCAUGAGCAUAGUCCCUUUGCGACUCAAACGGAUCGACCAGCCAUAACUGACGAUUACUUCAGUAGAUCAAACUUCGACAAUGUCGCCAAUGCUCCGAAAGGGACUGGCACAACGCCGAAACCAUUUACUGAUCAAUGGCGAUUGACGCCUUCAUUGUUGGAUCCUAGUUCCUACGCCUUUUCCGCCUUCGCCAACCAGCCUCCAGGAUAUUACACACCGACGCCUGGUGGCUUCAACACUCUCUGGCAUAGUUCUGCUGCAGGCGAUCUUCACACUCCGGGUGCCCUUGGUCUCAACACACCUUUAUCUCUGCCACAAUCAAUGCACGCCUUCCACGCCAGCGAUCAAAACUUGCAGUACACACAUUUCAACCCACAACUGCUGCAUCCACAACAAGCUUUCCACGAUCCAUUCCAUGCACAAUCGCAUCAUCAUCACCUUCAACAACAACAACAACAGAAUUUCCCACACCCAGGUAAUUACAUUGGACUUCAGCAUGAAGAUUCUGGAUAUGCGGCAAUUGAUGAUUCGUCAAAGAACCCCACCCCAAAUCAAGAGGUACAGCCGGGUCUUGCACCACCACCCAUCCAGCAGCAUGAUAGUGGUGUCUCGGUCUCAGGCUACACUUCUGGUGAAAAGUUUGUGCAAUCAAUGCAAUCAUCAAGCUCUCCUGACAAUAUGAGUAGAUUUCGGUUUCACACCACUCUCAAUGCGCCUACUGCCAUGGUUCGUAAUUCCGACGAAAUUCCCGUCACAUACUUGAACAAAGGCCAAGCAUAUACUAUGUCCGUCUACGAUACAAAUCCUCCAACAUCUACCCAGAAUCUCAGGUAUAGGACUUACGUAAGAGUGAGCUUCGAAGACGAGCAACAACGAGCAAAAUCUGGUGCUUGUUGGCAACUUUGGCGAGAAGGUCGUGGUUCCAAUGAGGCCCAUCAAAGAGGUGGAAAACUUCUGGCUGUUGAGUAUGUGGAUCCGAACCAAGGGGGCGACGACACCACAAGAAAGCCGCAAAUCGAGCUAGAAAGAGCAUCAUUCGACGGCUUUAUCGUAAAUUGGCAUCCCAAUGAUCGCACGAAUGGUGUUGCGGAUUGCUCAAUAUCUGUGCGAUUUAACUUUCUGUCGACCGAUUUCAGUCACUCGAAAGGCGUCAAAGGAAUCCCUGUCCGGCUGUGCUCCAAGACGGAGCUCCUCACGACUUUACCAGAGAAGUCGAACAAUGAACCAGAAGUCUGCUUUGCAAAGGUGAAGCUGUUCCGUGAUCAUGGUGCGGAGAGAAAGCUUUCCAACGACAUUGCGCAUGUCAAGAAGUCCAUCGAAAAGCUCAAGCAGCAGAUUGCUCAGGCUGAGGCUGGUGUUGGUAACGUGGGAAAGAGGAAACGUAGUGGAUCAAUGGCAAAAGGUGCCUCCUCGCGCUCCAGAACGCAGAAGCAUAAAAGAAGUUGGUCUGCUGACUCUGACGCAGAGGGAGGAAGACUUUCCGCGGAAGAAGAUCUCCACAUGAAGCUUGUCGGAUUGCAAGACAUGUUCUCUUCGACGCGGCCAAUGAGCGUCCUGUACCUUAAAGGUGAUCCUGAGGACGAUCCGGACCUCUUUCCGGUCAAGCUGGCUGGAGGCGAUGCGCCAAGACCAAUCGAGCGAGCCAAAACAUGGGAGUCAAGGCAGUCCGGGAGCGAGUCCCCAACAUCGGGUCCUGGGUCACCAACACCAAGCUCCGUCUCGCUCACACCGAAGAGAAAAUUCUCCGAAUUACAGCAGUCCAUUAUUGAGGAGGAAGAGGAAGAGCCAGAGGAGAAAAAGACUGCUAAGGCUCGCAGCGCCUCACCGGAAAGACCGGCAAAAAUGAUCAAGCGUGAGGUUGAUAUAGGUCGGCAAGAUCUCUACGCUCUCGAUGUCGACAGUACUUACGAUCCACCUCCUGAGAGGCCCGUCAAGCCAGUGGCAUGCUUUUACGUCAAAGACAAGGAAGCUGCAAUACCCUACUACCGCGCUGUUUAUCUUGCGCGAAGAACCGUCGAAGAUUUGAUACAUUGCAUAUCCGAAAAGUUCGGCAUUGAUCCGAACAGAAUUACGAGAGUGACGCAUGUCAAUUCCAAAGGUCUGCAGAUCAUCGUCGACGAAGAUGUUGUCCGUGAGAUGCAGGAAGGACAAGACAUGAUUGUCGAAUUUGCUCCUGCGAAAAGCGAAGUAAUAGACAAGCACGAUUCAGACCCCCUACUAAGUGCGGGAAUUGACGGUGAUUCUCCUCCUCCGAAUACCACGAUACCCGAUCCUCUCGAAAUGUGGCUCAACUAUUAG